UCCUACAUACAUCGCUGUAUCCCGCAUGGUUGGCCGUGUGCAGCACCACAGUUAAAGCGCCAUUCUCACGUUUGACUUGUAUGUACGAGAGACCCAAACACGCGCGCGAGCGCGAGAAGCACAAAUGCCGGCUCAUCUGAAGCGGAAACGGCCCCACGGCGGAUCGGAACCUCGCGCCGCGGUCACAGCCACGACACCGCCCGUCCCCGCAGUACCGCGCCGAGCGACGCGUCAGAGCUCGGUCCCCCCGCUCCCAGCUCCGCCAGACCCCGAACCGCGCCGCCGCCGCCGCCGCCUCGCUGCUGCCAAUGGCCAGCCCGACGAGAACCCGCAGUAUCCCCGUUCUCCGCGCGGGAAGGAGAACAUGCCCGUGCACUCAGUGCAUCCGGAUCCCCGGCGACAGCAGCAGCGGCAGGAGGAGCAACUCGUCCAGCUUCCAGAGCAGCAGCAGCCAUUGAAGCCCAUGACUCGUUCGGCCCGCCACAACAUUAGCGUUGUCUCGGGCCUGGAAGCUCCCCCCGCACGCCGCCCUCAAAGCGCCAAUGCCAACCGUGCCACAUCAGGCCGUACCCCGCCUCCAGCGUCUGCCGUCCCUGCACCAGCCCCGGAUGUGCCCUCCUGGACAACGCCGAUGGCCGUCAAGCCACUGCGAGGGAGGCAGGGGAGCCGCCGGGCUAGGAUCGAUCCACUACGCCAGCAGUCGGUGUCGGUGGGGCGCAAUAAGCCGAUAAUUAUGACGACGUCGCUCGCCCCGUCGGCUCAAACCUCCACGGCCACGAGCAACGCCUCGCCCAACCGAGGGGCUAGGGGAGCCGAAAGUGCCGGCCAAACGGAUCGUAACAUCGAUAAGGUCGUGCUUGGCGACAUCUGCUUUCGCGCUUGGUACCCGUCGUACUACGGCAAGGAGGUGCUGGGCGACAUCUCGGGCAGCAGCACCAAAGGAGGCAAAGAGAGCAGGACCGGAACCAACGGUGUAUCAUCACUCCACGACGAAACAAAAGACACCACAGGCGGUGAGCGGCCACACGGGCGGCGCGACCGCGACCAUCAUCCGCCCAUGCUCGACAGGCUUUAUGUUUGCCCCUCAUGCUUCAAGUACUCCAAAGAGCUCGUCACAUGGUGGGAGCACGUUCGCUGGUGUGAGCGGCAUGGCCACAUACCGGGCGAAAAGAUUUACACGCAUCCGAAAGGGAAGCGGACAGUGCUGGUGCCGUCAGAACCUCCGCCGAAGCAGUGGAGGGGAAAGCGAGGCAACGUGGGGCAUAGGAUGGUUGAGGAGGUAGUGCAGGACGAGGGCGAAUGGAGCAUCUGGGAAGUGGACGGCGAGAAGGAUGUGCUCUUCUGCCAGAACCUCUCGCUCUUUGCCAAGCUCUUUCUCGACAACAAGUCCGUCUUCUUCGACGUGACCGGUUUCAACUACUUCCUCCUCGUUUACACGCCACCCGCGCCUCCAACCGACCCCAAUGCGGACGUCGCCGAGACCGUCCCACCGCGCAGCCAAAUCGUCGGCUUCUUCUCCAAAGAGAAGAUCUCCUGGGACAACAACAACCUGGCCUGCAUCCUCAUCUUCCCGCCCUGGCAGCGCAAGGGGCUAGGCUCUCUCCUCAUGGGCGUCUCGUACGAGAUCUCCCGCCGCGAGGGCCUGCUCGGCGGGCCCGAGAAGCCCAUCUCGGACCUAGGCAAACGCGGCUACAAGCGCUUCUGGGCCGGCGAAAUCGCCCGCUGGAUCCUCAGCCUCGAACCGCAGCAGCAACCGCCGCAGCAGGACCCGUCAUCCUUGUCCUCGCCGUCAUCCAGCGGCAGCGCCGCCGAAGUGGUGACCGACAUCCAAGCCUGCAGCCAAGCGACGUGGAUCGCGCCCGAGGACUGCCUCCUCGUGCUCCGCGAGAUGGGCGUGGCGGAAGAUGCCGGCCGGGGCCCGCCGUCGCGGCGCACCGACGACGAUGCAGCUCCCACUACCACCGCCGACACCGCCGUGACCCAUACCAACAACAAAGCCACCGGCAGCAGCAGCAAUACCACUAACCAUCACAUUAGCAACGGCCCGGGCCCCGCCGCCGGCGCAGCAACAGCAACAACAGGCGCAGCGGAAGCUGCUGCUGCUCCUGCGGGGGCGGCAGCGGGGGACCAGGUGCAGCGGGUGCGCAUCUCCCAGGCGGCGGUGCGGGCGUGGGUGGCGGCCAACAGGAUCAGCCUGGAGCGGACCUGCGAUCCGGCCGGGUUUGUGGACGGAUACGCCGUCAAGAAGAAGAGCGCCGCGGCGUCGGAGGAGCCGGCUUGAGUUUGAGCCGUCGCCGUUUAUAUGACGGGUUUGUUGCGUUGCGGAGACAGGGCAGCGGCAGCGUGGGCGUUACUGGGUGCUACCUCCUCCUACAUCGUGGUUGUUCGGCGCGUGUUGCGUGCUUGUGGUUGC